GUACAAUUAACCGUCUAACAAGUUUAUCCUAGUUUUCCGUUGGUAGGAUUGUUUGAUCUCAACUGCAAAACCCCACACUUUCCGAUUUCGAUCUUUUUGACCACCAGAAAUGGAUGAUGGAAGUGAGCCAAGAAGGAUGAGAAAGAAGAUGAAGACACAUUUUCAGUUGGAGAUUCUUGAGAAAACUUAUGCUGUGGAGGCAUAUCCAUCACAGCAGCAUCGAGCAAAGCUAUCUGUGCAGUUGAAUUUAACAAAUGGGCAGUUGAAAAAGUGGUUUUCUAAUCGGAGGGCAAAAGAUAGAAAAAUCCCCAACUCCUCAAACUCAAACAAGAUUGGUUAUAAUAUGGAUAAGAGAAAGGAAAGCGAACGCGCUUGGAGCUACCCAAACAAUUGCAUACCAAAGAAAAAACGAAGCCAGAAACCAAAGAUUAGUUGUAGAAUGAGCAAGACGAAGGAACGCGCUUGGAAAAACACAAACACUCAGAUACCAAACAAGAAGCUAAAAUCGUUGCGCAAGUUACUCGACGGAGAUGAUGAUAGUGAUGUAGAAGAACUGUUAGACCCUAAACACUCUGAGUUGGUUGAAAAUGUCUCUUCUAUGUCGGAUUCUUUACUUGAUGAUGAUGAUGGUGAUGGUGAUGGUGAUGAUGAUGAUGAUGAUGAUGAUAACGAUAAUGAUGAUGAUGUAGAACUAUCAACCACGAAGCAGGAACAUCGUGAGUUGGUUGAAAAUCUGUCUCAUAUGUCUGACUCUCUGGAAAAGAACUCAUCUUGUCAAAGUGACAUGGUUUGUGUCCAAGGCUACAAAGUGAAGCGGAGCAUAGCAACAAUUCUUGAAGCCAUUUUCAAGAAGCACGGUGACAUUGCAGCUAACUGCGUAUUCAAAACAUCUUCCACGAGAACACAUUUCCUCGAGGUUGUUUGUGAAGUCGUUAGACGAAUUCAAACCGAUGAUAUGACUGAGAUGGUGGAAGAUAUAGAGUGCCAAGUGUCGGAUGCAGAAGCUGCCAACAUUAAUGUGUCAUGGAUUCGAGCGCACUUCGAAGCUUUUCACAAAAGGAAGGAGACGAGUGAAAAGUGUAGUUUGCUUAUGGAGAUGGAAUCAAACACCAUUUUGGUUAAAGAAGCUGCCCAAAUGGAUCUGAGAGAGAGAUGUGCGGAGCUAAUGAGUGCGCAAGAACGGUUUAAAAAUGCUGAAAGGUGUGUGAGGGUGCUUCAUCUUGUUGAAAAAAAUCUACAUGACAACAUCUUGGAAUCUAAGUCUAAACUAGACUCAUGGGUAGAUCAUCCAGUUGUAUAGGCUAAUUAGAUCAUGAUAUGGUAUGGUGUGUAAUUAUUAGAAGUUUUUUUUGUCA